CAUAAUGUGACAUAAUGAUAUAAUUUAUAUUUUGGAAUAUAUUAUUUUGUAGAAAAAUAAGUUGGGACACUCUCCAACUCGUGCUCACAUGUUUAAAGUAUGUUAUACAAAGGAGACAGGAACCCCUGAGGCAACGAAAGCAAUGAUAGAUGAAAUGAAUGAGAGGACAACCUUAAAUGCAAAUUUAUCAAAUAAGGGCCCAAAUGAUGCAUUUGGACAAGUGAUGGGUAAAGAAAAACAUGGACGAGUUCGCAUGUAUGGAUUAGGUGUCUCCCCGUCUAAUUUAUGGAGAGAUACAUCUGGUCAUAAAGCAAACCAAGACACAACAAUGGAUGUUAUGGAAGGUGAAAAUUCGGAGCUAAGGUCCAAAGUUUCCCAUGUUCAGCAUGCUCCGAAUAACUUGACAAACACAUCUAAUCAGGUGGGAGAUAUAGUUGUUCUAAAAAGUAUCAUUAGGCCAACAGAAACAGUUGCAAUCGGAGUACUUAAAAGCACAGACGCAUCUAAAGAAGUAGAAGGGGAAGAACUAGGACCUGACUAUUGGGAGGUACAUGUUCAAGUGCCAAUCAAACCUAAUGAGAGCUUGAUCCGAUCAUAUGGACUUGUCAAAACAAUUGGACAAGCUAUUGGAGCUCAUGUUGCUUGGCCUGCUCCAUUUGUGGUAUAUUUCUUUCAUAAAUAUUAA